AUGGACGUAUCGCCAAAUCGUUACGCACCUCAUUUAUCAGAAUUCUACUCGAUCUUCAAUAAUCCAACCGAUCAAGAGGCGGAACAGAAAUGUAAAGGGGAUUCAAAAGGUGAACAAAGUGUGGAGCCGGAUUUCAAAAGUACAGCUUUUGGUUCUCCUGGUACAAAGGCUCCAAUAUUGCUGGCAGAUUGUUCAGAUAGUUAUUCACAUUUUCGGCGACCAUCUUCUAUAAGGUCAACAACUACCUCAAUGGCAGACUUACAAACUUUGGUUACCAAGAAGGAUAUGCAGAAAACCCAUGAGGUAAUGAAUAAACUGGUUGAAGAGGUUGGGGAGUAUGCGAAUACGCUGCUUCAGAAUGCCAUGCAAGCUAGUAAUGUUGCAUUUGCAUUGGAAAAUAUUGCACACCUUAAAGGCUGUAAUGAUGAUUCAGCGAAUAAAUUUAUCAAUGUCAGUGGAGUAUUCCAUCUUUUAGCGAAUCAUGAUCGUAUCAUAGCCAAUUUGGUUACAGAAACGCUGGCGCCGUCUUUAAAGAAUCGGACCACAGAUUUCAGUACAAACUUCAAGGAUAACGAGACGCAGUUCAAGAAGAAGUUCAAGGAGGAAACAGUAAAGCUAAAGCUUCAAGAAGGUUACAAUAUGAAGUUGGCAAAGCAGAAAACAAGAAAUAUUUUCUCAUACAGGGAGAAUCUAAUGAAUAUGCAGCAGUUGUUGGAUUCACUAGAGACGUUGAAACAUGAUUAUUACCAGGAAUCGUAUGCUCUGGUGGAGGGUUCGUGCCAGGAGGUUCUUAAAGACAUGGCGACAUUGACUAGAGCGCAAGUGGAAAUAAGUGAAAACCUAGCGAGGAAAGGAUGGUCUGGGGGUGGUCUGGACGAUUUGAUAGUUGAUGCAGAAGAUCCUUUUAGUAAGGACAAAACAGAUGAUGAAUGUGAUGAUUCUGAUAACUACCAAAUAAUUAGAAAUGAACUGAAUGAUACAAAUGCCUAUAGGAGUAUAGCCGAAGAUAUAGUUGCGGGAGUCUAUUCAGGCUCUGUUUCGAGCGAUAAAACUGUCAAUGGCGACGGCAGACAUGUUGACGAUUCUGGAUUGGCAACAGUCGGUGAAGUAACCUCAGAUGGUAGAUCAGAGCAGGAGACAUCGUCUGGGGAAUCAGCAGGAAAUGUAACCAUAACCCAUUCUAGUCUAAAAAGCGGUAAACUAAACGAAACGGAUAUUUCAUUAAAUCUAACUCCUGCAAAGUCCAUCGAGGAAGAUUACUCGUAUUCACUUCCAUUGGCUGGUUCCAAGGGUCACUUACAUGAUGAUCGAAAUAGUAAGAAGAAAAACUCUGGGGACAUUGAUCAGUCUUCUGACCAACAGAUCGAUACAGAAGUAUCAGGUGAACUUACGCCAGCAGUUGAUCGACUGGACUUAAAAGACUUAAAAUACCUUGGGCCAGAAUAG